GUUCUUUUUUGCACCAUCCCUUCAUGGUCACCCUUGUACCGACAUGGCUCCAACCGUCGUCGACCUUCUAAUCCAAACGCACGAAAAGCAGAAGAACACAUCCUCACAAAAAACCUUCAAAAUCACGCCCACAAACAGAACCUCUUCCAGCUGUCAAACCCAACCGUCAGAUGUCAAACCUGAACCGUACAGUGAAAAGCCCAAAACGCGUGUCAUUUCUUUCAAACGUUCAGCGAAACUCCAUUUGCUACCAUCUUUACCUCUUGAUCUUCUUUUUGAAAUUUUUGGCCACUUACUACCAUCAGAUAUCCUUCAACUUGCAAGGACGAGCAGGGACUUGAGGAAUCUCCUUCUUCGCAGAUCUGCGACGACGAUAUGGAAGACAGCGUUCUUAAAUGUGGCGGACAUUUCGUGCCCGAGAGACAUAUCAUAUCCGGCAUGGGCGAGUCUUAUAUACGAUAAAGAGUGCCAUGGUUGUUCAAUUCCCAAUAUACGCAAUGUCAACUUUUUUCUCCGCGUUAGACUGUGUGCAAAAUGUGCUAAGCACCGCUUGUCGGAUGUAGAGAGGUCGGAGGAGGAGGAAGAGAUCAAAAAGAUUAUCCAAGAUUGUGUUCCUUGUGCGGAAUGGGGUGGUUCAGCUCGGACUGUUUGUGUUGCCGCAAAGGUGAAUGGAUUCCUGGAAGAACUUCAACGACAUACCCUACGAGGCGAAGCAGCUAGACUGGCAUUUAUUGAGGAAAGGAAAGUACAACUCGUAACUCGUAAUCAGAACGCGCGGUUGUGGGCCAAGUGGACAGAGAACCUCCAAGAUGUACGUCAACAGGAGCUCGAUGACAUCAGAAGCAAGAGGAGCGAUGCCCUCAAGAAAAAGUUAAAGGCGGAAGGCUACGAGCCUGAACUGUUAUUGCUGGACCAGCUACAACGACCUUGGUCUUCGGCUGUGUGCUUUCCUCUUUGGGAUCACCAUCAGUUCGUCAAGCAGCCGAAGCCGCUGACUGAUAGAAACUGGGAUCAGAUCAAGAGCGACCUGGUGACAUAUAUGGAAACUGUGAGGGCCUACCGUCUUCGAGAAGAACGACAGAAGCUUGUCUGGGAACGCCGACAUCAUGCUACCGCUGAAUGGGUGUCAUAUCGAACAGACCAACACCUAGUAGGAGAAUUUAUUCCAAACCCAAUCGACGUGUGGUUCUGGAAUCCAGUCAAAACCGUGGUCGAGGAACCGUCAGACGUAGUUGUUAACGAUCAGUCAUUCGGUCAGCCAAUGCUAGGUUUCCCGGCCUUCCUGAGACGAUGGCAAGGAGAGAAACAGGAUGAACUCGUUCGACUUCUCCCGUUUCCCAUGGCAGGCGAUUUGUGGUAUGCUCGACCUCAACAUCUCAGGCUUGCCAUCUGCGUUUUAUCGUGCACAUCUUCCUUCCAUUGCGAGUUUGAUGAAUGGCCGGAACGCCACUAUCCAUGUAUGUGGUUCCCCGAGUUCCUCCAUCACCCAUGCAACACGCUUGAGAGGAGGGCUUGUCGGUACAAUUUCGCAGACGGCGAGAAACAGGAUCCCAUCGACAAAGAGGUCCAACGUGCACCUUGUUUGAGGGCCGACAAUGAGUUCAAAGGUUUCAGAAGAAGAAAAUGGUCCACAAAAUGGGUUGCGUUUGACCAGAAGGCUUCGCGAACCGUUCAGAACAUCCUCAAAGCGUGUGGUAUGUCGCUCCACACGACGACAGAGCAGCUUGAUGCUGCCGAUCCGAGAGUAGUUUGUUUGAAGUGUACUUAUGGCGCAAAAUGUGAUGGGGAGAGGAGGUUUCCCGUUCUUACGUGGCGAACGGCAGUACAGCAUUGCUUCGCUAAACACUGGGGAGACGGAACCGUCGCAUGGCAAAAAGUGUCUGACGACGAUGCGGCUCUUGCACGAACGUCGGAAUGCAUGCCUGUGCGACGGAUAGUCCAGAUACCAGAAGAGCGACCCUGGCGUUGCGGUCAUUGCAAAGAUACACCGCAAGAUCGAGGGCGAAUGACGUUCACUGAUAUGCAAGAACAUUUUGAUGUAGCCCAUGGUGGAAGAGAAGGGAUGGAAGAGGGCGUGCAUUACUAUAAAGCUUUUGAUUUUCCCCCACGACAACCUCCUGUUGUCACAAUGGUUCCCAAGGAUCCUACCGCUGCCAUGAAAGGAGGAACUGAAAUGUUGUAGCCGGACUAUUAUCCCCCUUAUUAUGCGGUGCUUGAGUAUUGAGACACGUACCUUACGACUACACCACCAAAACCGGCCCAUGUCGUACAGAUAUGUGCUACUUUAUAUAUAUCCCAUAAACUCAAUAUAUCGUGAACAUAUGUU